AUGUCGGAAAUCGAGUUGAUUUACCAAUACCGCUGGAGUAUCAUGCCUGUUGUUAGUGGCGAUAUUGCUAGGCUAUUAUUCAAGUCGAACGCUAAAGGCGCUUCUCUGAAAUUAGGAGGUGUAUGUUUGCGCCGGGACUACGAGAUGACUAAACGCAAACGCGAGACUCUGGAAGUUUCUCGGGACUUCUGUGCUCUGGCACAGUGGACCAAAGAUCGACUCGAGAUUGUUGCAAAUAGAUUCAAGAAUUCAAACAUGCUUUUGACAUGGUUCAAGGGUUGGGAGAAGAAUAGACGAGCUGGGAAACGCUAUCCAGCAUCGUCAAGGCGAGAACGUGGAAAGCUCGCAAAGGCCCGAGUGGAAUAUAUUGAUCGUCAAAUAACUGAGAUGGGAUACCAGCUUUCUGAAAUUCAGCAUUUGAGGGCUUCUGAGUCUAGAAAGUGGCGUGCAUGGAGGGUUAAAUAUGCAAAUCUGUCUGAUGACGAAGCAUGGGAGCUACUUCUUCCUCAUCUUCUUCAUCAUCUCGAAAAAAAUCGCAAGCUUCAACGUCGUAUCGAUCGGCAAGAUACGGUCAACACUAUCUUAUCCGAAAUACAAAAGGAUUUUGAGCCUAUUUCUUGCGUACAUGUCCAAUCCGAAAAUGAUGAAUGGUCGUUGAUAUCAGUUGCCACUAUGUUGAACAUGCUUAACAGCAUCAUUGAGACCGGUAAACUGAGGGAUGAUUUAUUUAUCCCAUCUUUCCCUCAUGGCGAGGAUGUUCCCGGUAUAUGCCCGGAGAUACAGGCAAUAAUAGAUGCAAAAACAGCAAAAGAGGCCUUUGAGCUCGAGAUACGAACUAAGAACGAGUAUUUGGCGCGCGCAAUCCAUAUCUGGCGUAAUGAAUUGGAAGUCCAACUGACAAGUUUGCUGCCCAAGGAGACGCGAUCUGUGGAUAUUGAGACCCCUGAGUAUAAAUUGAUACUUGGCAAUGGCUGGGGCGCCAACUUGCUCGAUUGUCUGCCUGUGGAACGUGCAAAAUUACUGCGUGCCGACUCUAUCUUUUCUGUGGGAUAUCUUGGACCAAUUUUGAGGAUGGAUGGGGAAGGUCUGAUGUAUUACCCAGAAUGCUUUCAGGGAGGAUUCAAGAUGUGCGACAAGGGGAAACUUCAUUAUCAUUCUGCGGCAGCUAGGAUCGCUAAAGCCUUGUUAUGUGCCAUGGGGGCCCCUGACAUUUCGUAUUUGGCAAUUAAUACGAUACCCAGGCGCUAUCAGUGCGGACGAUGCGAUGAUCAACCCGUUUUUACUCUCUGGAAAGAAUUUUUCCACCAUUAUAUCGAUAAAACAUACGAAAAUCAAGUACUGACAAUGUAUGGUUUUGGGAGCCCGGAAAAUAUUGAUGCGUACACAUUCACGCAUGACGUUGAGGUCAUACAUUCCGAUAAGCCGCUGGUGCGACUGUUAGAUGUUCCAACUAGUAACCCCCCUCAGCCUGUUGAGCUUGAAUCCGGUCAAGGUGACUUCAUGCGCCUACUCUGUCAGGAUCCAGAUACUUAUCUGGCCGAGCUCGAUAUGUAA